AUGAGAGGUGCUCGUCGUUCCACCACACGUAAAUCACGUUCUCCCCUUUUAGAAAAUUGUUUUCAAAAAAAAGCAGUUUGUACAAAAGUAUACACUGUCAAACCUCGUAAACCAAAUUCGGCGGUGAGAAAAGUAUGUAAAGUACGUUUGAGCACUGGUAAAACUACGAUCGCGUAUAUACCUGGUGAAGGACAUAAUUUACAAGAGCAUAGUGUUGUUUUGAUUAGAGGAGGUAGGACUAAAGAUUUACGUGGGAUAAAGUAUAAAGUAGUCCGUGGUGCUCUUGACCUCUCCGGAGUGGCAGGUAGGACCCAAAGUCGGUCUAAAUACGGCGUCAAAAUGCCUAAAAAGGCAUAA